AUGGCACCCACCACAACAAGAGAUGCUGUUGAGGCACCCAAGAUUGAAGUUACCUUAACUCUCAUUUUGGGCAGGGACUAUUUCGAACAUGUGGAAGAAUCUGGAGAUGAUUUGGAUGUUGACCUUGCUGAGUUCUUGAUUGAAACUAGGCUGAAGGCUUUUGACUGGAUUGUCAAUCAGGACCCAUUGCAAUUAAGCUAUGAUUCGCCCAAUUUGGUUCAACGGUUUCUGCUGGCGCUCUUCUACUAUCAGACCACAAGGCACAAGCCAUGGAAAGAGUGCAACCCAGUAGCAAGUCCCCAAGGGAGUGCAACAUCUGGCUUCUGCUAUGAGCCAAUGUAUUAUGGUGGCGAAGCAACGUCAAACAUUUGGGGGGAUCAGUGGCUCUCCCCUAGUCAUGAAUGCCAGUGGGCUGGAAUUACCUGUGAAACUGUGCAGUCCAUGGGGAGGACACUUGUUGAGCUGCAACUUUAUUGGAAUCAUCUCAAUGGCCCUCUUCCCUGGGAGAUCACAAGAUUGCCGCCGCUGAGGCUUCUAUGGCUCAACUCCAACAUGCUGACAGGAGUACCGCCCCCAAGACUCUUUUCAAAAAAGCCAGGUUUUGCCCUGGAAAGUCUAGACUUGUCCUGGAACCAAUUUUCUGGCACUAUACCUGUAGAAUGGGUUACAAACCUUCUUGAAGGAAAUGGAAAACUUACCAAUCUUCUUCUGCAGGGAAACACAUUGACCGGGAGGAUUCCAUCAGAGUUGGGUCUACUCCCUCUGAAAGUCCUCAUACUCGGAAGCAACACUCUGACAGGUUCUAUUUCACAAGAACUAUUCAGUCAAACUUCUCUAGAGUGGCUCUAUUUGAGUGGAAAUAAUCUCACUGGGACUUUACCAAGUGAAAUUGGGCUGCUCACCAACUUGGAAUAUCUGCGUUUGAACCACACUUAUAUUUCUGGUUCCUUACCCUCAGAGAGUGGCUUGGCAAACCAGCUUCAAGAAAUGGUUCUUUCCAACACCAACAUGCAGGGGGCAAUCCCUGAAGAACUGUACGCAGGACUUGACAAUCUCCAGCUUCUAGACUUGGAUGGUUGCAACUUUACUGGGACAAUCAGCUCCUCACUUGGUCUUCUUAAGACACGUCUCCGGCACCUGCACCUAUCCAAUAACAACUUCAGUGGCACCAUUCCCAAUGAGAUUGCGGCACUGACACGUCUGCAACAAUUUGUAGUGAAUGGGAAUCAGAUCACUGGCACAUUUCCAAUCUCUUUCUGCCAUAAUUUUGAAUAUGUUGACAGUUUGUUGUGA